UUCACUGGUCCACUCCCACAGCUUUGGGAGGAGCUUGAUGGCUGCUCAGCCCAAUUGGCUUCAGAACGUGGUACCAAUAAUGCUAAUUAUUCUCAAAUCAACCAAUUACAGAAGCUGCAUGUUCAAAGAGUUUCCUCAGGCCCCAAAUCUAAUGUGAAAACCUGAAGUGUGUGUGUGCUUUUGGGUGUGUGCACGCACACAUAACUAUGUACAGGUGCGUGUGUGUGCGCUUCCCACACUGUAGAGCAUUAUUAUUCUGCUUUCAGAGGCCGGCUGUGGGGCAGGAUUACACCUCUUUCUCUGUACCUCUUCCCACGUCCUCAUCCCUCUCCACCCUCCGCUCUCUCCUUCCUCCCAAGUGGAUUUUCUUUUGGGCUGAGACCCCCCAGCCCACCACACCCCCCCACCCCUGCCUCUCAGACAGCCCUGCUCCACCAGUUCCGCUCUGUGCCGGCCUGGAGAGGAGUAAGGGAGCGGAGAGAGAAGAGAGGAUUUGGUGAACCGAAGAGACAGACAGGGGAGAGGGACCAUGGCUGCUCUCUCUGCCUUGCUGAAGACCCUGGUAAUACUGCAGGCCGUGUGCCUGGCUGUGGCCCAAGUGAGGGGUCCACCUGGACCUCAGGGCCAGGCCGGCCCACCAGGCCCCUCUGGCACUCCUGGGUCAGACGGCAUCGAUGGAGACAAGGGACUACCCGGGCCCCCAGGUGCACUAGGACUAAAAGGAGAGCCGGGAGAGCCCGGUCCUGAUGGAGUAGCAGGAAAGAACGGCAUUGAUGGUUUGAUUGGAGCAAAGGGGGAUCGAGGUCCCUUUGGGAGCCCGGGGCCUAAGGCUAAACCUGGACCAAGUGGCGAACCUGGACAUCCUGGACCCGGCCUCCUAGGACUGUCUGGCGCUCCAGGGCCAAUUGGUCUUCCAGGUGAAAUUGGAUCAUCUGGACCAAAGGGCAUCCUCGGAUCACUUGGACCUUCAGGACUUCCUGGACCUCCUGGCAAGCCAGGUCCUCCAGGGAAGUUCAUUGGUGGAGAAGAGGGAAGUGCAGACUUCCAGUGUCCUCUUAACUGUCCAGCAGGACCUAAAGGACCCCAGGGAUUGCAGGGCGUCAAGGGACACAAAGGACGUGGCGGUGUUCUCGGAGAGCCUGGCAGCAUAGGGAAAUCGGGUCCCAAGGGAGAAGUGGGCAUCUCCGGGGAGCAGGGCAUCCCAGGGCCUUCGGGUCCGAUGGGCCUCAGAGGUUAUCCAGGAAUGAUGGGUCCUAAAGGGGAAGCAGGGCCUCGUGGUUACAAGGGCAUCAACGGACAUGGAGGCAUACCUGGGCCUCCUGGUGAGGAGGGGCCCCAGGGUCCACCCGGAGAGGCAGGAGACAUGGGAGACAAAGGCGGCCGAGGUAUCCGGGGCCCACAGGGUGCGGUCGGCAAGAAGGGAGAGAAUGGUCUGCCGGGCAUCGAUGGAAAAGAUGGCACACCUGGUGUUCCAGGGAUCAAGGGCGGCCCCGGCAAGGAUGGAAUGCCUGGUCCUCCUGGUUCUCAGGGAGCAGCGGGACUGCCUGGCAGCCCGGGCUCAAAAGGUGGACCUGGAAUUACGGGCGAGUCUGGACCUCGGGGUCACGUUGGCAUGUCUGGUUCCCCCGGACCUCUGGGUGAACCUGGUCUUCCCGGUGAGGGUGGUAUGGAAGGAGUUCCUGGACCCACGGGAGACAGAGGUCAGCGAGGAGCAGUUGGGCCACAGGGAGUUGUCGGCAAGGCUGGAAGCAAUGGAGAGCGAGGACCAAUCGGUGUUCCAGGUGCCCAGGGACUUGGUGGAACCAAGGGAGACAAGGGCUUCCAAGGAAAAGUCGGUUCGACGGGAGACGAUGGCGACCCCGGUGUUGAGGGAUUGGCUGGCGAGAAUGGUGAAAAGGGUUUGUCUGGUGAGCCCGGGCCCAAAGGACAGCAAGGCAUUAGGGGCGACGCCGGACACAAUGGCCCCACUGGAGACCCCGGUAAACCUGGAGACCUGGGCCCACUGGGACUGGCGGGUCCUCGGGGACUCAACGGAGAGCGAGGAGUUCCCGGCAUGCCGGGCAUUCAGGGGCCCACCGGACGCGAUACAUCUGACCAGCAUAUUAUCGAAGUGGUGUUGAAGAUGUUGCAGGAGAGGCUCGCUGCUGUGGCAGUGAGCGCCAAGAGGGCCGUGCUGGGCGGAGCAGGAGUCACGGGAUCUCCUGGACCCCCUGGACCCCUGGGGUCAUCUGGCCCUCAGGGGCCACAUGGCUUACCUGGUGCCCGUGGCGUUCCGGGCAUGUUUGGAGGACAUGGGCAGAUUGGAAACACUGGACUUAAAGGGAAGAGAGGGGCAAAGGGAGUCCGAGGAGAUCCUGGUAAACCCCAUCCCGGACAACCAGGACCCCCAGGAAUACAAGGUCCCGCGGGCGUUGACGGCGUGGCUCGGGACGGGAGGCACGGCGAGAGAGGGCCGCAGGGGUCGGCCGGCGAGGCGGGGCACCCCGGUAAGGCGGGCUCGACAGGUCUCCCCGGCUACUGCGAGGCGGCGAUGUGUUUAGCCGCGUCGGCAUACACAUCCCCGAGACUACAGGAAGCGGGAAGAAUCAAAGGACCCGGUUUUUAGAGAGCUGCACCGCCAUCAGCAGCUCACCUGGGAGAGAGGGCGCCAGUGAAGGAGUGACGGCGCCCUUCUGUCGGACAACAUCGAGAACGAAGGGUAGGGGACACAGAUAGUGACUGGAGGUAUAGCGCCCGCGACUGAAAGUGACAACAUGAAGUUUUGACUGGAGGGACACACUCUUAAUCUUCACUCUUAAUCCCCCCCCAUCACCAUGACAACAGCAGCUCUCACCCACACCCUUCUGCAUUGUGUGUUUUUGGAUGAUGUCAGUCCCAUUCAAAUGCCCGGUCCACGCAGUGACAGAGGAACAGGUUUAUAUUGCAUCUCUCCGUCUCCCACCACCGACGAGCUGAGAGCAGCCGAACACCGAGCGCGGUGAAGGGUACACGUCUACUGCCCCGUGGUCAUCUCUAAAUGGUUUUAAAUAGGCAAUAUUUGGUUUGACAAGUGUAAUGACGUUAGAUGCCUCUCUUGAGACAUAACACCUGAUGUCUUAAAAGUGCACAAAAAGGACCAAUAAAUGAUUGAAAGUGACACUCCGUACUGUACCGGAUUGUAAAAUGUAGCAUCCGUAAACUUUAGUGACCCCCUCCCCCAAUCCCCGCUUUCCCCAAGUCUCAUUUGAGAAACUGACGACUGGCUUGAUCUCGUCCGCUUGUUGCCUGGCAACAUCAUAGCCCAAUGGGCACUCCCUUGUCCCACAAUGCAGUGCUGUAAAUCUUUGUAAAUGUGUGUUGAUUAUGUAGAGAAAUGAAUGGAUUAUGAGAUGCACCAGCACAAAUCAUGUGUUACUGAAAUCAGCGAGUAAUAAAGAAUUCGGAGAGAAAUAUUUACCCGACGAAUCAGUCCGAAUGUGCUUCCUAUGCCACUGCCAAUUAUCCACACGGUGUCAGCUUUUUAAUGACCAAUUUAUUUUCAUCAACAGAAUCUGUUUUAUUUAUUGUUCUUAAUAUAAUCAUCUGUUAGGGUUCUCUUUUGGCUGCAGAGGUCAACCCCAACAAAUAAAGAGGAUCUUUUUAUCAAAUCCAAAGCUCUUCUGUAUCAUGUGCAGAAUGGAAAUGAGUCUCUUUAGUUUCUAAUUCUUUUAUUUUCAUUUCUCCCAUUUGAAAUCUUUAAAAGUAUAAAUUUAUGCAUGUUAAUAAAGUCCCAUACUUCCAAAGCUG